AUGUUUUCUACAAUUUUUAAGCCAACUUCUUUCACCAUAUUUGAAUGUUUGUUCAAACAGGCUAUAAAUGAUCACAUAUUCGACAAUGCUGAUACUGAUGCUGAUGUUGUUGCAGAUGUUGUUGAUCAUGAUCAUGAUUAUAAUCAAGAUGAUGAUUUCGGUGAUGGUGAUGACGAUAGUGCUUCUUCCACCAGUGAUGAUGAAGAUGAUGAGAGCAUAGAAACUUUUGACUUUUUGAGCUUCAACAAUUUUUAUGUUGUUCGUCGGCUAUGCUCAUUCAAUGCUCUUUCAAGGCCAUUUUCAGCGAGGUUUCUAUUAAGUAUUGCUGUCUGUGCACAGCAGCAACGAGGAUCGUUGGUUGUUGUUAUUGCUGUUGCUGUUGCUGUUGUUACUGCAUCGGGAACCCUAUCAUCUGAAAAUGAGUGCUCAAUGCAUCGAUCCAUAUGUCCGUAG